UCAUUCCACUCACCACUCACCACUCACCACAAAACACACUUCAUUCAUUUGCUUCUAUAAACUUUUCUAUAACAGUUUAUCAAAAUUUCCUAAUUUUCUCCUUGGCUCGACUACAUCAUUUAUAUGGCGGAAGCGCAACCCCAUAACUGUUGUAGAAGAUGCUGUUGUUGCCUCUUUGGCGUAAUUUGGAAGCUCAUCGUAGCAAUAAUCGUCCUCAUAGGUCUCGCACUCCUCAUUUUCUUCUUCAUUGUUCAACCCCGCUCCUUCAAAUUUAGUGUCAAAGAAGCCAAGCUAACUGAAUUUAACUACCACAACUACACCCUCAGUUACAACCUCGUGCUCAAUUUCACGGCCCAUAACCCAAACAAAAAACUUGGCAUCAUCUACGAUAAAGUGGAGGGAUAUGUGUCCUAUGAAGGAAUUAAGUUCCCUUCAACGGAUGUUAUAACAUAUUUGAAUUCCUUCCGUCAAGACACUAAAAAAACGAAUAGUAUGAGUGGUGUUUUCUCUGGACAACGUGUUGUGGUUUUUGAUCAUGAUCAGGUUUCUAACAUUGAGCGUGAUAAGAAAGUUGGAGUUUUUCAUAUUGAUGUGAAGUUGUACUUUAGGAUCAGGUUUAAGCUUGGUGAUAUUACUGGAGAUGAUGAUACAAAGGGUAACAUUAAAUGUGGUCUUGAUGUUCCUUUUGGUUCUAAUAAUGGGACUAAGGUCAUGGAUGCAUUUGAACCCACCACAUGUGUUGUUAAUUUGUGAGGACCAUCAUUUCACGGGCAUCAUUUCUUUGUUGAAUGGAUUUUUAUUUUUCUAUUCCUUUUGUAUGGACUGUUAUUUUUCCUUUUAUUUUUGUAAUAUUUUGAAUUUUAUUAAAAUAUUUC